GGAGGGAAACCGGAAGUGGCGCGCCUCGGGCGAAAGCUGAGGGUCUCCUGGCUGAGGGCGCCAGCAGCCGUUGCGCAGACCGAGAGAGGGGUGCCAGGAGCCAGCAGGUGACGAAAGUCGAGGCCGCCGAUGGCCAGGAACCCUCCUGAGGGCACAGGCCCCAUGCACGUGCCUUUUGGGCAUGUUGUGGCCAACGAGAAGUGGCGCGGGUCGCAGCUCGCGCAGGGGAUGCAAGGGAAAAUUAAAAUCGUGUUUGAGGAUGGCCUGGCACCGGUAGAUUUUUACUUGUCAAGCAGAUCUUGCAUUCUUUAUGUCACCGAAGCUGAUUUGGUGGCAGGAAAUGGCUACAGGAAGAGGCUUGUUCGGGUUAGAAAUUCCAGUAAUCUUCAAGGGAUUGUAAUAGUUGAGAAAACGCAGAUGAGUGAACAGUACUUCUCGGCCAUACAGAAGUUUACGGUGCUGGACCUUGGGAUGGUGUUGCUUCCAGUGGCCAGCCCAAUGGAAGCGUCCUGCCUUAUCACCCAGCUGGUUCAAGAACAAACCAAAGAGCCCAGUAAGAACCCUUUCCUCAGUAAGAAACGGGGUCAGAUCCCUGAGCUAUCCCUCCUUCGAACUGUGCAACAGAUCCCAGGAGUUGGAAAAGUUAAAGCCCCCCUUCUGCUUCAGAAGUUCCCAAGUAUCCAACAGCUAAGUAAUGCUUCCGUCCGAGAACUGGAGCCAGUCGUGGGACAAGCAGCAGCACAGCACAUUCAGGCCUUCUUCACACAGCCCAGCUGACGACUCUUCUCACAGCUUGGACCGCAAGCUACUGGAUCGUGUUCAGUUUUCAUCUUUAAAAUUGGAGAACAAAGACCUUCCUUUCACAGCACGUAAUGAGUGACUGGGGUGAGGCGUGCACGGAAGCUGCCAGUUACCCUGUCUUGCUCUCUGGGUAUGGGCGUUUAAGUUAGUGGGCUCCAGAUAGCACGGCCCUCGCGCUGCUAGUGGAAGAGGAGGCGUGGAGGGCACGCCUGGUCGGCUCAGUCAGUUGAGCAUGUGACUCUUGAUCUUGGGGUUGUGAGUGAGCCCCACCUUGGGGGUACCAAUUACUUAAAAAAAACACAAUCUUAAAAAAACCCAAAACAGACAGACACACACAC